AAUUUGGCGCUUUCUGGAUAACGGGUUUCUGGAUAACGGAUACACUGCAGUCAACUGCCCAGUAAAUAUUGAUCCUGUGCUUAUAUCCUUUCAGUACUUGAAGAAAUAGUUACUUUAACACAUUUCCCUGAUUUUACAUUUUUCCUGGUUCCCUGACAAACCUAAAAUGGGGGUUGUACUGUAUCCACAGUAGCAUUACACAUUAGCUAGAUUCUGGAGAAGUUUUGCAGAGUGCCUUAAAAACCCUCCCACUGGUUGUGACAGAAAAAGAAGAAUAUGACUAAAAUGCAGAAUACAUUAAAUAGACAACUUCCCCUUACUGUUAGACACAGGCACCAUGGCCAGAGAGAAAGCAACAGCAGCCCAGGCCCUUUGCAUGAGGGGAUAUCUGCUCACAGCUCUCUUCAGUGUCUGGAUAAAUCUCAUCCAUGGAAUUAAAAUCCAGCCAAUUCCUGAAUAUCCAGUAGUCAAUCAGCCUGUCACUCUCAGUGUCAGUGAUAUCAGUGGGACAAUUAUUUCUUUCUCCUGGUAUAAAGGUUUAUCAACUGACAAUUCGACCCUAAUCUUAACAUAUAUUUUGUCUUCUAACCCUGUUGAGACACCAGGGCCACAGCACUUCCCUCAGGCCAGUGGCCUCCCAAAUGGCUCAUUAAGGAUCUCAAAAAUUGCAAACAGAAAAAUUUACACAGUGCAGAUACAGGCAGACAGUUUAACCCAAGCAAGUAUUAACCUGCCUGUAUAUGUGCCAUUGGACAAACCAACAAUCAGCCUACACAACUCGCGGCCAAAGACACAUGAAGAAGUCACUCUUUAUUGUGAUUCAGGCAAAAGAGAGGUACAGAAAUACACAUGGAGCAGAAUUGACGGACGCUUUCCUUCUGGAGUCAAAUUUUCCCACGAUAAUAGCAGUAUGACUAUUCCCAGGAUAAUACGAUCAGAUGUUGGACAGUACCGGUGUGAAGUGGAGAAUCAAGUCAGCAAGAAUAUUAGUGACCCCUAUACACUGUCCCUAUAUUGUGUCUGUGUGGAGCCCAGUAAUUGUACAGGCAUUUGUGUCGGCAUAGUGGGAAGUUUACUGAUCACCUUUGCAGCAAUUCUACUGUACAUGAGAAGUAUCCUUUCAGUGAGACAAUGGCAGACAGAUAAAUAUCUUUCAGUUCUAAAAACUGUAAAAGUUAAUAGCAAACACGAUCAACCCACGCAGAAUCCCAAUGUUAUUGAUGGAACAACGGGACAAAACACCGUAGAGGAACCUUCAUACCCAGAAUAUAGCACGGUGGACUCUGGAUACAUGGGGCUACAAGAUCGAUCAUAUCAUAUCUACAAUGACCUUGACAUGAAGGGAGCAAGACAUGGAUAAUUCAGAUUCAUGAAGCCGUCGUAUCAUGGCACCAUCAGCAUUCAUUUCACCUUGCUACCAAUUUACUUUUCAGAGAUAAAAAAAUUCCGUUUGAAAUAGUAUUCCAUUUAUACUGCAUUGUACUUUUUUCUCUUUAAUAAAGGCACGGUUAUGUGACA